AACUGUUCAAAUAAUAGAAAUCAUUACAAACGACGGUAACUACAAAAGUACAACAAAGCAAAAGUGAAACAUUUUGGAAACAUCAACUUGUAAUGCAACGAUACUGAGACUUUUUGUUAACUGUCCGUGAACUGGUGCAGGCGUCCAUUGCGGCAUUAUAUUUCUACAUCGCCUGAAAAUCUAUCAACUAACUAAUAUAAAUUAGACAAUUUUCAAGCUGAAGUCAGUCACAACCGGACUUCCGAUUGUAAACAACCAAGGAAGUCUACUCACAAAAUGAGGGGUUUGUUGGUGUUAGGAGUUGUCUGCCUCGUGGCGGCUUGCUAUGCUGAGCAAGCUGAGUCCGACAUGGCCGUGGCCGAGACCAAGGGCCACCACCACGAAGAGGGUGGUGGACAUCACCACCACGCGCAUCAUCACCACGAGCACGGUGGUAAAGGGGGAAAAGGCCACCACGGCCACCACCACCACCACAAGGGAGACGCCGGUCACCACGGCAAACAUCACCACGAAGGACACCAUCACGAGCAUGGUGGCGGCCACAAGAAGCACUGGGACGAGCACGACCACCACGGUGAGCACCACGAGCACGGACAUCACCACAAGGGUGGCAAGCACGGUCACCACGAACAUCACGACAAGGGUGAGCACACCGACGGCUACCACAAGAAGUACCACAAGGACCACUUCCACAAGGACCAUCACUUCCAUGACGGACACCACGAUGAAGGCAAACACCACAAGCACGGUCACCACCACGGACACCACGAAGAUCAUGGCGGUCACCACAAGAAGGGUGGUCACCAUCACUCCGGACACCACGAGGGUCACCAUGGCAAACAUGGCCAUCAUGAUAAGCAUCAUUACGGCGAAGAUCAUCAUGACCAUAAGGGCCAUCACGGUCAUGAAGGUCAUGGACACCAUCAUGAAGGUCAUGGCAAGAAAGGAGGUCAUGAGGACCAUAAGCACUGGGGAUUCCAUCAUGGAAAACAUUAAGAAACAUAUAUUUGUAAACAAAACCUCUUCACAAUCGUAUAACUCUAAUGGGGUAGUUAGAUGUGAAGGUAAUAUCAGACGUCUAAAGCCAAAUUUAAGCAAAACCAAUGAGAAAUGCAUGACACGUGGUAACCAUUUUAAUGUUUUUGGUGACACCAAAGAUGUUUUAUCGUGCGACAUUAAGAAGGAUCAUCUUACGCAGAGAAAACCACUCCUUUAUUUUAAUUUUAAUUUUAUAACUUUUACAAUGUGACUUGAUGUAAUGAUUUUGUAUUGUUUUUAUACUGUUUUUAUACAAAAAUAUACGACUGUUGAAAUGUUGUGUUACAUACAGUAUUUCUUUUAUUGACUCAUUUAUGAUGAUAAUUAUUAUUAGAUGAAUCCAUUAUGAACAUCAUUUUUACUAUUACAUGUUUUGUGCACUUCACAAUCUACGCAUUUAACAUAUCACGAACAAUCAAAUUCAUAAAAUAAGUUUGGUUUAACCAGGAAAUCAUUGAAUGACGUUGCAAAAACUAAUGCAAAAUGAACACAGUACGUCGCUCGGUCGACAGCUGUUCGUAUCACAGACAGAAAAUGCCCACCGAACACCUGCCUAUGUCAGGAAAAUGACAAUUUUCUCGGCGCGGAGAAAUGCCCGCAGCCUGCGGCUUAGAUCGAGAGAAAUAUAAUUCAAGUGCGUCUGACGCAUUAAAACCGACGUGAAUAUCGGUGUAACGAGAAAAAAAUUAUUGCUUGUGAUCCCUACACAGAUUACAGAAUAAACCAAUUUCUUUCAAAGAAUAGAUAGACCUGUGACUAUCAGUAGCAGAUAAAAAUGUCAGGGAUCAGAGAAAUGUAUCGUCUCCGUAAUACCUAAUAGUCCAUUUAAUGCCAUUUCAUUUCUUCUCUUAUUUAGCUUUUCAUAUUACUAGAAAGUGAAGUGAAAUAUCUGUAAACAUAAUUUUUGAAGACUUAUUUAAAGCCAUUUAUCUGAUUAUUUGGUGAGCCACCCACUUCAUCUAUCAGAUCAACACAUGUUUAUUGUACUUAAAAAUAGUUUAGGGCAAUAUAAAAAUAAUAACACAGAGAAAUGUAGUUGAAGCAUCGAUAAAAGCGUUAAAUUGUAUGCAACCAAAGCUCGCGGCUUCAAUUACCAUGAGGUAUGCAAGUUGCAUACAUUAAAAUAAUACGAUAGCAGCGCAACGUGAGAUAUUAAAACCCGCGGGCGAUACGUGACCAUUAACAAUGAAAGUUGGAGAGAUUGAUACAGAUCGAUGCUCGAUUACAAAAUGUGGAGGAGUGACACGCGCGGCGCCGCGGGGCGUAUCUAGUUGAAUUAUAAACUACAAAGUAAAGUACCGUACGCGUGGGAUAACAAUGAUGAAAUUGUUAAAUCGUAUUCGUAAUUAAGCCCCCGUAGCCAAGGGCUAAGAAUAUCUUACAACACAGGCGUUUGGUCUACGUUGGAAAAGUAGGAUAUGACUUGUAUUAAUUCAAGAUGAUUGUUUUGUUAAAUGAGGGAACUCUAUUAAGGUCAGUGUCUAAAGAAAAACCUGUCUAAUCAAAGAACUUCAUGAGGCUUGAAUGCAAGUUUGUUAAUAGGAUCGAAUUCUAGAAGCACAUCUCUUCACGACCGAUUAUCCUUAGUAAAAACCUUCUUCUCAGUAGGGGUAACAAUGAUGGAUAAAUAUGUUAAGCGCAAAACUCUAAUUGAUUUUUCGCAUUCCGGAAAGCAAAUCUAACAAUAGUCCGUCAGUUUAAUGGGAGAUUUGUCACAAACACAUUAGGUACAAGUGUUUGCAGGUGUUCCUUGUAAGUGGCCAAUAAACUUUCGUGUGCGUUACAUAUUUAUUUUAGUUUUAAACUUUUAAACGGCCACCAUAUACAGGUUGCUCGUUAGU